AUGGAAAACUCAAAAGAGCGCUUCUCCCCGCCAUCAGUCAAAGAAAGCAUCAACCAUGGUGAUUUCACUUCACUGAGCAAUGUCAGAGGUUCUCCUGAGGAAAAAUUGAAACAACUUAAUGAAAUACGGGCCAGACGUCUUAGCCAAUCAGUAAAUUCCCCAUAUCGUCUAGAAGAUAUAUGCAACAGAAUUCCAGAGAGUUUAGAUGGGAUAGAUAUUGAAAGCACAGGAUUCCAUCGAGGCUGUUAUCAAAAUUUUACAAAAAACCUUGACCGCCUUACUAACGAAGAUGUUGCUCACGACGAAACAGAAACAAAACAUCGUUCUCCUAGAAGACCCUCCCUUCAUGAAAACACCUCAAAGUUUCCCAAAACAUGUAUCUUUUGUGAAAAACUAGAACAUAAGCACAAAGGAAAAACUGAGCGGUGCACCAAAUUUGCAGUUUUCAAAGAGAAAAAUGUUACCUUGGAGCCAACAUGGGCACAAGUAGAAUCAAGGGCAUUAGCUCUGGGAGACAACCGUCUAUUCCGGUUGGUCCAAGGGCAAGACUUAUUUGCCAGGGAAGCACAGUUCCAUCCUUCCUGUCGCAAAUCGUUCAAUUUGAGAUUCCUGAAUUACCAGACAAGACGUACUAAAAUUGAACUUGAAGGAAAAUCUACUGCAACAGCAGAUGAAUGUAAAUCGCUUGCUCACGAAAAAGCCUUCAAUGUUGUCUUAUCACAUAUUCAAGAUCAUGUCAUUUCUCAAAAAGAAGUUCUUGAACUCUCCAAACUGCGAUGUAUUUACACAAAGGAACUAGAGAAGAACGGAUUUGCAAAUCAUAAUUUCAGGGGAGAAAAAUUGAAGACGCGAAUUCAAAAUCAUGAGAUGGGCCAAGCUAUUGCCUUUACUAAUGUUCACUUAGAUGGUGACGGUUGUAUCACUCAUAACCUCGUCUAUAGUGCUGAUAUAUCUGCUGCUGACGCUGUAGCUCAUGCAUAUAAACUUGGCUCUGCAGAUAACUACAAAGAUGUUGCUCUUCAACUCCGAAGUCUUAUUAACCAAGCAUUUAAAAGGUCUAUUCCCCUUCCUUGGCCGCCAAUGGUAGAUGACCUAGAUGUUGAUGUGGCCGAUGAUGUUUUACCAACAGAUCUCAAGAAAUUCCUCAACUUAGUCAUUUCUGGAAAGUCGGAUUCCGAUUGUGAGAGAACAAAUCGCAUUGUUAGCUCUAUUUGUCAGAUCGUUACAGGGGAGGGAAAUAGCGUGUUUCAUCUUGAAUGGGAUAAUAUGAACAAAACGUUAACCAAUAUACAUGGUUCCAAUGUUGUAAAUAGCACAGCCGGUAUAAUGAUUCAAGAGGUAAAACCUGGUUUUGAGGACGAAAAAAUGGACCGAACUCUCCCUCUCUUCAAGAGGGAUAUGGCACGAUCUAUGGAAGUUGAAACCCCUGAGACCCUUCCACCACUACAUCUAUACAAUCGUGUGGGUCCAAAGCUACCUGAUGGAGCACUGUUUGCUGCCCCACCCCAAAACUCUGCUAUGUUUGUUAAAUGUCUGAAAGAGUAUGAAGUAUGGUUACUUGCGAGGAUCGUCGGAAGCCAUGGUGUAAAACAGUAUGUACCAGGAUUUGGAGGCUUUAUUUCUGCUACUGGAUCACAGCCACCGAGAAAGUCAACAAUAGAGUACCUAACUCCAAUCCAUGAGCCUUUCACCGAAUAUUCAGUCAUCAAAGAACUUAUCAAGAGAUCUGAAGAAGCAACCAAAGAAGUAGGUCAGCAGUAUGUGAUAACUACAUUUGACCUUGGUGGAAGUAUGAAGGCCCUCCCGCUUAUGUGGAAGUUCCCAGAUGAAUAUAAGAAUCAUGUCUCCCUUAUUGGCCCAUUCCAUACUGGAAUGAAUCACUUAGGAAUGCUAACAGGGAAAAAAUGUCGGGGAUCUGGAUAUGCCGAGAUACUAAUAGAGGCUGGACUUGUAACCACCGGAUGUCUAAAGAAUGUUCUGAAGGGAAAAGCAUACGCAAAAGCAUUGUUUUGCCUUAAAACUGUUACUGAAGCAAUGGAGCGACUGAUGUUUGAGAAGUUUAUCGAAGAUGAAGAAAUAGAUGCCGUCAACCCUCUUCUAUUUGCUAGCCUUGCCCAAGAAUGUAGUCGUGAAAAUCUCAACAGGACUUUGGCAGACCCUUCAACAACUGCAAUCCUGAUGAAGUACGAAAGUUACCAAGACAAAAUACGCGCUGGACAUCUUGGCAAGACUGCAAAAUUUUGGCUCAGUGUUAUCGACCAAGCUCAUUUAAACUUGAUGCUCCAGUACUCGGUUAAGACCAAUAACCUACUGCUAUUUCACAAAUGUAAUGCAGAAAUGGCCAAAUUAUUUUUUGCAUUUGAUGGGCCAAACUACUCAAGGUAUUUGGUUUGGUUUGACGUAUUCUUAAUCAAUAUCGAAAAGUCUCACCCUGGGGCCAAGACGUUGCUUGAGAAUGGUGGUAUUGCUGCCCUCCAAUACAGGGAACAGAGUGAUCUAGCUUUCAUGCUCUUGGUAAAAUCUCAACUGUUGGAGGAGCCCAUCGACUUGGAUGAGCUAAKGACAUACUCAUUAACACCAGUUCCACACAGUCUUGGCACUCCCGAUGGUUUCUUGAAUAAGACCAAUAAAGCUAGUGUUCUCCAUUAUCUUACCGAUGAGUAUAAUGACGAUAUAGCCUAUCCCUCCAACAAKUGUAUAUUCAUUCAAGAUGGCAAUGCUCUUUUCCAUUCGCUAAAUAACCUUCCACCAACAUUUGGAGAGGUUUGUCUUCAAAUUAUAGAUCAAAUGGUAGCGAAGAGGGAUUUUAUAUUUUCUACAGAUAGCUAUCACGAGUAUUCCAUUAAAAGUCAGGAACGAUUACGACGAGGCACCUCUCCAAGAUACAUAGUAGAUGGACCUGCUACCAGAAAGCCCGCUGAUUUCAAGCUCUUCUUGGUAAACGACUCCAAUAAGAUACAAUUUUGUAAACUACUUCURCGAGUAUGGGGUAGCAUUGAUGCAGUAAGUCGCCUUGAGAAAUGUGGUCUUGGCAUUCUUGUUGUGGAGGGAAAAGMCUAUCGUUGCGAGUCAUUAAAUGGCUGUGUUUCGACACAUGAAAUCCAUGAACUAGCCUCAAAUCAGGAGGAAACAGACACGCGGGUCAUCCUCUACUUGAAUUAUGCUUCAAAGCUGGGAUAUGAAUCGGCUGUGGUUCGAUCUCCCGACACAGAUAUUUUAUGCAUACUUAUGCACCACGCGGCAUCCCUUCAUAUCACUGUAUACCUGGAUAUCGGAACAGGAAAAMACCGCAAAAUGUUAAAUGUCAGUGAGCUUGCCGACACCAAUGGGAGUUCAUUCUGCUCAACCUUACUGGGAAUGUACGUAUUUACAGGCGAGGAUUCCACAAGCGCGUUCAAAGGCAAAGGAAAGGUUGGUCCCCUGAAGAAACUUCAAAAGAAUCAAAAGUACCAAAAUGCUUUUAGAAACCUGGGAGAAGAAUGGGAAAUUGAAGRCCAAACCAUAGCAGACAUCGAAGCCUUUACAUGCCUCAUGUAUGGUUACCCAAGASAGUCCUCAGUAAACAUGGUUAGAAGCAUCAUGCUAAAGAAAAUGGUCGGGGAGAAUGAACGAUUAACUACCAAGUCAAAAGUAGAUAUCUCUCGCCUUCCACUAUGCCUCAUCCCACACCUCCAACGCGUCAACCACAGAGUUGCAAACUACAAAAGGGCAGCUCAACCUAUUUUUUGGAAACCAUAUCCUUUCCAUGAUGACCAGGGCUGGGAGAAGAAUGAGAAUGGUAUGUUGGAGCCUGUAUGGUGCAGAGGCCCAAUACUUCCAAUCGCACUUGUGGAUUUAGUUGAGGUCACAGAAGAAGAACAAGAAGAAGAAAAAGAAGAAGAUAGUAUCGAUUUUGAAGAUGGCUUUAGCGAUGAUGACGAGUAG